CCGGGGCAAAUGGGGAGACGAGGCAGAGUGUCAGACUGGAGGCUGCAGGGAGGGGCGCCGACUCCAGUGCCAGGCGGGGUCCCGGGGGCAGAGACAGAGAGGGAGGUUCCCGGCUGAGAGGAUUCCGGUUCCGCCCCAGGCUCUGCCCCCAACCCGCCGUGUCGCUCUGCGCCUCUCCCAGUCAUGGCAACGUCCCCCCAGAAAUCUCCUUCCAGCCCCAAAUCCCCCACUCCCAAGUCUCCCCCUUCCAGGAAGAAAGAUGACUCGUUCCUGGGCAAGCUGGGGGGCACCCUGGCGCGGAGAAAGAAGGCCAAGGAGGUAUCCGAACUCCAAGAGGAAGGGAUCAAUGCUAUUAAUUUGCCGCUCAACCCCAUUCCCUUUGAGCUGGACCCCGAGGACACAAUGCUUGAGGAAAAUGAAGUCCGAACGAUGAUUGAUCCAUAUUCAAGGAGCGAUGCAAGACUGCAAGAGCUGAUGAAGGUUCUGAUUGAUUGGAUCAAUGAUGUGCUGGUUGGAGAGAGAAUCAUUGUCAAGGAUCUAGCUGAGGAUAUGUACGAUGGGCAAGUUCUGCAGAAACUUUUCGAGAAACUUGAAGGAGAGAAACUAAACGUUGCAGAAGUCACGCAGUCGGAAAUCGCUCAGAAGCAGAAGCUGCAGACAGUGCUGGAGAAAAUCAACGAAACGCUCAAGCUGCCCCCGAGGAGCGUCAAGUGGAACGUGGACUCAAUUCAUGCAAAAUCUGUGGUAGCCAUACUUCAUCUUCUGGUUGCCUUGUCACAGUAUUUCCGGGCCCCCAUCCGACUACCAGAUCAUGUAUCAAUUCAAGUCGUCGUUGUUCAGAAGCUGGACGGAAUGUUGCAGUCUCGGCACAUCCAGGAGGAAAUCACCGGUGACACAGAGGCGCUGUCAGGAAGGCACGAGAGAGACGCGUUUGACACCCUGUUCGACCACGCUCCGGACAAACUUAAUGUGGUGAAAAAGACUCUCAUCACAUUUGUCAACAAACACCUCAAUAAGCUGAACCUGGAAGUAACAGAACUAGAAACCCAGUUUGCAGAUGGAGUGUACCUGGUGCUUCUGAUGGGACUCCUGGAAGGGUAUUUUGUGCCUCUCUUCAACUUCUUCUUGACCCCAGAGAACUUUGAACAAAAGGUUCUGAAUGUGACAUUUGCCUUUGAACUCAUGCAAGACGGAGGCCUGGAGAAGCCCAAACCGCGGCCAGAAGAUAUUGUCAACUGUGACCUGAAAUCUACGCUGAGGGUCCUUUACAAUCUAUUCACCAAGUACAGAAGCGUGGAGUGACAGAGCACCGCCAGCGAAGGAGGAGCCUAAAGUGACAUUUCAUCCGAUUUUUUUUUUUAAAGGGAAUACAAUACAUCUUGAUUUAUUUUCUACAAAGACACUUUUUUUAAUAGUAAAGUUUUAAAGGGACCUCUGGGUAUAAUGUCCAUAUAAAAGACACAGCCUGACAGGGCUCUAGGUGCUCGUAUGGACCUAUAAUGGUCAGUAGGGAACACUUACAGCCUCUUAUAUAUGAGCUAGAAUCAAAUGCUCUAGGGUUUAUAUCUGCCCUGCUGUAGCUUUAAGGGUUACAGCACAUUUGCCCCUUGUGCCAUUGCUUGAAAAGGGCUGAACAGUAGCAUUUCUCUGCUGGUUGAGUCAACCCAAGGGGGAUAAAGGGUUAAAGCUUGCUGCACACUAGUAGAUGGUGGGGGGGGUUACUAGGCCCUCUCUGUCUGUGGGGUGCAACGUGUGUUUUGGGAUCUCCCCCCCCCCCCGCUCACAAGAGCUUACAGUCUUAUCUGAAGGACCAUAAUGCCAAAGCAAUAACAGGCAGGACUGGUAAUCCAAAUGAACUUGGCUUACUCCAUUUUAACAUUAUUUGUGGCCCUCGGGUUUGUAUCUCGGCCUCUUACGGUACAGUAUUUAUUUACAGAAGCUUUUUUUUUCAGCUGCUGCUACGAUUUUUAUACAGUCUCUGUAUCCCAUAGGCCAUUACCCCCCCCCCCUAAACGAACACCCCUAAAACAUGAGUGACACCAUAUUCUGAUCUAGUCUUCAUCCAGGGAACAAAAGCUUAUCACAAUCAUCUUUCAGUCUGUCUGUUCAUGUGUACACAUUAAAAAACAUGGAGGCCAGAAGGUGCCCACUUGGACCUGAAUAAGAACAGGACUGGUUGGGGUAUGGACAUAUUUGGGUGAACAGCAGGCGGUGAUCUGGGGAAGUAGGACCAAUGGCACUGCAGCUAUUACAGGACUACGGCUCCCAGCAUUCCCUGUUGGGGUGCCAUAAGUCACAUUCACCUUUGUAUAAGGUGCUGUAUUUGUACCCGUACCCCAUCUACCCCAUAAAUACUCCAGCCUUGGCACUAUUCAUUGCGCAAAAAAGUCCCCUCAAUACUUUUCCAUUUAGCAGUUGCUGCCUUGUGAGAAUAUUAAAUGUAUUUAACACUGCCUAUAGGAUUUAUUUAAUCAUACGCUAAUUAGUUACAUUUAUAUCUGUAUUCCUACUGCCGCCUGUUGAAUCGCGUAUUUAUUGUUGCAGCCCAUGUUCAGCAGGGAUAGUAUAGGCUCUAAGCCACACGGGCAACUUGUCGUCUUACGUUUGAACAGAGACUAUAAUGUAACGCUUCUGCCGUACUGUAUCUGUCUGUCUCUCAUUCUAAUGCUGAAUUAGUAUCAACACUAUAGAUAACUGUCUUUUGAUAACAAAGCUUUAGUGAGAACCAUGUAAAGGGGAAAUAAACCCCCAAAAAAUUAAUUUUGCCCAAUGAAAGAGGAUUCAAGUUUCCAGAUUCAAGGUAAAUGUAACUGUACCUGUCUCCCCCGUUCUGCACUGCUGGUUCUGACUAAGUGUAGCAGAAAUCUGCUCUCCUAUAGCCAAGACUCCAGUUCUUCAUAGGUUUAUUGGCUGGCUUCAGCUAGAUUGCUUCAUCAGUCAGAACCAGCAGUGCAGAUAUUGCUUAAAUUAGGAUUCCCAUUGUGUUGAUCUGUUGUGGGUUCUUGAAGGUUGAUAGCAGUGUGACUAUACGACAACUUACAUUCCUCCCCCUUUCUCACGGAUGGACAUUGACUAUACACAAAACUGAUUAGUUAAUAAUUGGAAGCGUAAACAUGGCAAUUUUGAUUGUAAAUAACAUUUUAUUUUUUGUUUGUUGAAAAUAAAUAAACAGAAUUUGGGGGGGAAAAAAUAAAAUUCCCAUUACCAACAGGGUCGCUAUCAGGAAUUACGGGGCCACAUACUGCUACAUAAAUGGGGGGGGCAAUUUUUUCAGGGUAGGUCCCAUAGGACAGGUAGAUUUGGGGGUGCACUACUGCAUCACUCCCUGUGUUAGAAAAGUAACGAACCACCGACUUUAGUGCUAAGUUAAGUUUAUAAAUGGAGACAAAGCUGUAAGCAUGUUUUAUUUUAUAUACAUUCUAUAUUUAUCACUAUGAAUCUAUUUUAACCACUUCUGCUGCCUCCCUAAAAUACUUAGUCUCAAUAUUUCUGCACCAGCCUCAGGGCUAAGUUAGCAGAGACAAUUGAUUGCCAGCUUCUGUGCAAGGACAGUGGAUACAAGUCUUACUCACAUGCUGAGCUCGGUAAAGGGGAAGUUAACAGUAACAUUUUAAUAUACUGCAGUGACCUAAGGAACUUUUUUAUCAUUGACUUGAGUAAUGUGCCUUUCUUCUGUUCCUUUCUCGCUCUCUCUUUCUCUGUCUCGAGUGAAGCUCAAGCAAAUGCCUAGUUGCUAGGGUCAGGGGGCCUAGUGCCCAAUAGCUCAAACUGGAUAUCAGCAGAGUGAAAAUAAAUGUUCACACAACAAUAGAACCUGAAUGUAAAUUAGCCUUGAAUGAUGUUGUCUGCACUGGAUUAACAGGUGCUUGUUGGGCCAAAUUACUCUUUAAAAAUCAAUCAUUCAGACAAUUGUUACCAUUUAAAAAUCCUUACAUCAAUCUACUGUAGUUGGAGGCUAAUCAUGACAAUCAAGCAGAGCUGAGUUUAAUUGUGGUUGAGCCCUGGGCAACACAGCAACAACUGAAGGGCUAUAGGUUGGGCAGCACUAAUAUAAAAUGUUACUGUUUUCUUCUUGCCAUACGGUCUCCAUUAUGCCCUACUGUCUCUAUCUUGCCUUACUGUCUCCAUCUUAGCCUACAAUCUCCAUCUUGGCCUGUUGUCUCCAAAUCAUCUUUUCUAUCUUGUCCUACUGUCUCCAUCUUUGCCUAUGGCCUCCAUUUUGACCUACUGUCUCCAACUUGCCCUACUAUCUCAUCUUGCUCUACGGUCUCCAUCUUGCCCUACUAUCUCAUCUUGCCCUACUGUCUCCAUCUUGUCCUACUGUCUCAAUCUUGCCAUACUAGCUCAUCUUGUCCUACUGUCUCCAUUUUGCCCUACUGUCUUCAUCUUGCCCUACAAUCUCAUCUCGUCCUACUGUCUCCAUCUUGCCCUACUGUCUCUAUCUUGCCCUCCAUCUUCCCUACUGUCUCCACCUUUCCCUACUGUCUCCAUCUUUCCCUACGGUCUCCAUCUUGCCCUACUGUCAACCACCCCUUGCUCCAUCUUGUUCUUCUGUAUCUAUUCCACCCUAUAGACUCUUACAGCUGCUGUUUUACUCUGCUUAUGUGCCACAAUGCACCCUACCUGCACCCCUAAACACAGCCCUGCAAUGUGACUUGACAUUCUGACAAACUAUCAGGGUUUCUUCUUUUGACAACAAAGCCCACUCUGUGUUAGAUACCGCAGUUAGUUGGUAACUAUGGUGCAUUCUUAUCAUGUCCCUUACUGAAUAUAUAUCAGCUUUUCAGCAUUAUUCCUUCCUCUAUAUACCAACCCCCUUCCGUGUGCCUAAUGUACAGCCAUUACUAUAAUCUAUAGCACUUGGGCUGUUAGCAACGCUAGCGACCAACUGAAAGAUCUCAUUAUUUAUAUGCAGUCGCCACACACUCGCCUUAUUAUUUGCUUGUCUGUAAACACUAAACAAUAAAUUGUAAUGUAUAUUUUUAUUUCACAAUAUCUGCUUUUCACAAAAAAUAAAACGUUGCAUAAAUGAA